GCCUGUCUUAGAGCGGUUCGGUCAAGCGGAUUGCGUCCCGUGUCCGUAAUCGUGCUCCGACGCGCGUCGUUUGUCUUUCCAAUAAGAAAACAAUACGAUAAGCAAGAUCGUUUUAGGGUGUAAGCGCCAAUGUAAAUACGCGCUCAGCUCAAUUGGCACAAAUAGUGCGCAUAUAAACACAAGCUACAGCAGCGGCUUGGCGCGUUUACAAAACAAGUUAAGAUAUUAAUUACACAUACCGCAUUCACACACACACACUCAUUCAAAAUGAAAGUGCCCGCGCGCGACUCGAAAUAUUCGUUCAACUUGAAAAUAUUCAAAUUACAUAACGAGAAAAAAACAUCAACAACGACAUCAACACACGCCACAGUUUCGCCAUCAGUUGCGCCCGCUCCAACUUUGCCCAUGAUCUCGACUAAAAGAAAUUCAUGGCGUGCUUCGUGGCGCGCCGCCAUUGGAGUUGCCAACAAAGCCAAGACAUUAAGCAACCACAAUGAAGUCUUGGAGCCAGCCACAGCCGCAGUUGAAGAAUCUUGCCCAGAACCUCAGCACGUCGAGUGCAGUUCGAACUCAGAUGAUCUGAUGUCGAUGCCAUGGUUUGGCAUGGACAUCGGUGGCACACUCACAAAACUGGUCUACUUCGAGCCAAAGGACAUAACGCCCGAUGAGCAGGACCGUGAGGCGGGCAUAUUGCGCAACAUCCGGCGUUAUUUAACCAAAAACUCAGCGUAUGGCAAAACCGGACAUCGCGAUACACACUUGCAGAUGGACAAUGUGCAGAUACGAAAGCGCUGCGGAUCUCUGCACUUCAUACGCUUUCAGACCACAGACAUGGGCAACUUUCUGUCCCUGGCCAAGCAGAAGGGCAUGGCCGAGCUGGUGACGACUGUCUGUGCCACUGGCGGCGGUGCAUUUAAGUUCGAGAAGGACUUUCGCGAUCAAGUCAACAUGAAGCUUGCCAAGUUCGAUGAGCUGGACACGUUAAUCAAGGGCAUUCUAUUCGCUGAUAUGCACAAUCGCACUGAGUGCUAUUACUAUGAGAAUGCACGUGAAAUUCUCAAGAGUGAGAAGCGUGCGUUUAACUUCUCGCAGCCAUUCCCUUUUAUAUUGGUGAAUGUGGGCUCAGGUGUGUCCAUUCUAGCUGUCUAUGGUCCUGACAACUACAAACGCAUUUCGGGUACCAGCUUGGGCGGUGGAACAUUCCUGGGUUUGUGCUGUCUGCUUACAGGCUGCACCACAUUUGAGGAGGCCAUACAGCUGGCCACAAAGGGUGACAACCGUAAGGUUGACAAAUUGGUCAAAGACAUUUAUGGCGGCGACUAUAAUCGGUUUGGUUUGCCUGGCGACUUGGUCGCUUCAAGCUUUGGCCAAAUGCACAUAAACGACAAACGCCUUUCGGUAACACGAGAAGAUCUGGCCAAUGCCACACUUGUCACUAUUACCAAUAAUAUUGGAUCAAUAGCAAGAAUGUGUGCUCUCAAUGAAAAGAUAGACAGAGUCGUGUUCGUGGGUAACUUUCUGCGCGUGAAUCCUAUAUCUAUGAAAUUGCUGGCAUAUGCCAUGGAAUUCUGGUCAAAUGGCACCAUGAAGGGUCUGUUUCUGGAGCAUGAAGGUUACUUUGGCGCGUUGGGCUGUCUGCUGCAAUUCAAUGGUGAGCUAGCCGCUGCUCUCAAUGACAAUCUGGAUCAACCCGCACAUACAGAAGUCGAGCCGUCCUCAACAUCGAAAGGCGCAGCAGAAAUACCAACGGAUAACUCCGAUGAAACCGCCAGAUAGUCGUAUUCUAUGCAUGCUAAUUAACUGUAUAAUAUAGGUAGUGCAUCCACAGCUGAUCCAGCUCGAUUUAGGAAGGCACAAUAGGUGAAUCAGGUGCAUUUUCUCGCUAUUUAAUACAAUUCUACUCCUUUGGCUUAAGUAAACUCUUAUAGAAGAUGCACAAACAUGAUAAAGACGAAUCGAUUAAGUGCCUGUAAAAAACGCAACAAAAUUAAGCUAAAUUUAUUAACGUUAAGUGUGUUUUGUAGCACACAGAGGAUGCCAAAUUUUAGCACGAUUCAAAUGUAGAGUUUAUUGCUCAACGAACAGUUCCGCCUUUUAAAAAUCCUAAAUAGUUAGUAUUACCUAUUGAAGAAAUCGACCUACUCUCAAAAAAUCUAUCCAAUUUCUAAUCCAAAUGAAUUAUAAAAUCUUUUUAUGCAACCAACUAUCUGCAGCUGUAUAGAUAAAUGCAAAUAUUCCAAAUAGCACAAGCACCAUCAAAACAUAUGUUAAUGUAUAACUAUUUUUAAAAGGAAGUAUGCACUUCUAUCUAGUUUUUUUUUUUACCAUGCUUACUAAAUAUUUGAAUGGAUCUAUUAAGGCUUCUUUGUUUAGUAUAAGUUUGUGGUCUUUUGACGUAAGAUUUUACCUUGUCGAUUAUUUCUUAAGGUAUGGAAAUGCAAUUUGUUUAUCCAAAUAAUUUUGAAUAUACACAUGUAUUAAAACACAAACCACUGGGCAGACGCAAAUAAAUAUAAUUGAUAUCCUCAAAGUUGGAUAAACAACAAA